CUAAGCAGUAAUAACUACAGUUAUCCACUACAGUAAUACUACAGUAAUACUACAGUAGUAUUUGAAGCAGUAUAAAUACUUCUGAUGGCUAAAUGGGGAGAAGGAGAUCCUCGAUGGAUUGUUGAAGAGAGAGCGGACGCCACCAACGUGAACAACUGGCACUGGACGGAGCGUGAUGUCAGCGGCUGGUCAUCGGAGCGCCUCCGUCAGCUGCUGCUGGCGGUGCAGGUGAAGGGACCAGAGGGUGUCUGUCAGCUGACCGAUGUCUCCAAACUGGACGGAGAAGCUUCCAUCAACAACCGCAAAGGAAAACUGAUCUUCUUCUACGAGUGGCAGCUGAGAGCCAACUGGCUAGGGACGUCCAGCAGUGGACUGAAGUACAGAGGAACUGUUGACGUCUCCAACCUGUCAGACGAAAACGACACUGACGACCUUGAUAUCUCAGUGUCUCUGUGUAAAGACCAGCCCAGCACACCACUCUUGGACCUGAUGAGGAGGUCUGGGGUUCAGGAGGUCCGGAGGGCUCUGGGAGACUACAUCUGCCAGCUCAAAUCAGAGUUCAGUCAGGGGAUGAUCCUUCCCACCACCGACGGACCCAAACCGCCUCAGUCUGAGACCAGGAGGAACCAGAUCCAGACCAGUAAAACCCAGAUAAGCCCCGCCCCCAGAAGCCCCUCUAGCUCCACCCCCUGUCCCACAGGAGUCCGUAUCUCAACCUGCAGCUUCAGUCUGAAGGAGACCUUUCAGACCUCCCCAGGGGAGGUCUACAGGACCUUCAUCAACCAGGAGGGUUCCCGGUGCAGACGGGUGGUGAACCAGGCGCCCCCCUGCUGCUCCAACCUUGCAGCCCCGGUCCGAAACGGUUCAGCCGGCUCCACUCUGAUCCAGUGCCCCGACGUUGGGUCAGCUGGUCCGGCCCGGUGUGGCCGUGUCCCGGUCCUCCCCCAGGGGCCAGGCGGUCCAGACCUAGGACACCCCAGCCCCUGUCCAGAGGAGCGCCGCUGCUGGCUCCCUUGCCGCCAUGCAGUUACCCGCAUACGCUGA